AAGCGUGCAAGCGUGAUCUUUUUAACGAUUGUAUACUUUUUAUACAUUCAUAGAAAUCUUUUGGAUAUGCUUUGUUGAAGAUUAAGAUUUUUUUAUUGCUCAAUUUAAGUCAAUUUGGUAAGAUAGAUCACAAAGUUUGCUAAUUUAUAUUGGUACUUUGAGACUCCUUACAUGACGUUUCCCCAACACACCCGAGGUCAAAUGCAGCAAUGUGUAUAGUUCGUUAUUGAGGAAAAUGUGUAGAUUAUUUUAAAUAGGGAAGGAUAUUUAUACGAUAUAGUUAAUUGCAACUGUUUAAUUUCAACGUAUGUUUACAUUAAAUUACAUCCUUAAGCCAACUUUACUAAUAUUGAUCGCUAUUUUCAUGUUAUACAUCUAUAAUCAUCUUGUUAAAGAUUUGAAGCUUUGCUGCGAUAAUACAGCAGAGAAUUAUUCUCAUUAUGAUUUGGUUGUUGGAAUACUUUCAUCGCGCGGCAACUUUGAUUUGAGGCAAAGUUUACGUGAAUCAUGGGUUGGCUAUGCAAGACGACAUUCAUCUCUAAAUAAAAGAGUGUUGGUGAAGUUCAUCGUUUCAAAUAAUGCAUGUUACGUUCCUCCAGAGUUCAGGAUUGAUCCUUACAAAUGCGAAAGAAAGAAAAUCGAAUCUCCAAACUACGAAAAUGAAGUAAUUGCUUACAAACGACCAAAUGAAGAAAAUUUGAGAUAUUUUCACAGUGGAUCUAUCGGAUGGGACUUUGAUGUGAGUAUUAGUUAGUUAUUUGAAGUCUCU